CGCCGCGCCGGGGGAGGAGCCCCAAAGGGGGAAAAAGAAAGUGCGGCGGAAAGUAAGAGGCUCAUUGGGGGAAGACUGGCCGGAUCGGGGUCCCCGGGCUCCUCUUUGGCCAGACGCACCGAAAAGAAGCAGUGCUGGGCGACCCUGCACCCUUCCCCACCGGUUCGGUGUGCCCCGCGCUGCUUCCCAAGAAAGGAUGGGACUUCUGUGGUGUGUAAUGAGUCUCUACUUCUAUGGGAUCCUGCAAAGUGAUGCCUCAGAGCGCUGUGAUGACUGGGGACUAGAUACCAUGAGGCAGAUCCAAGUGUUUGAAGAUGAGCCAGCUCGCAUCAAAUGCCCGCUCUUUGAACAUUUCUUGAAAUACAACUACAGCACAGCCCAUUCAGCUGGCCUUACUCUGAUCUGGUAUUGGACUAGGCAGGACCGGGACCUGGAGGAGCCAAUUAACUUCCGCCUCCCUGACAACCGCAUUAGUAAGGAGAAAGAUGUGCUCUGGUUCCGACCCACCCUCCUCAAUGACACGGGCAACUAUACCUGCAUGUUAAGGAACACCACGUAUUGCAGCAAAGUUGCAUUUCCUCUUGAAGUGGUUCAGAAAGAUAGCUGCUUCAAUUCCUCCAUGAAACUCCCAGUGCAUAGACUAUAUAUAGAAUAUGGUGUUCAGAAGAUCACUUGUCCAAAUGUAGAUGGAUUUUUUCCUUCCAGUGUCAAACCAACCAUCACUUGGUAUAUGGGCUGCCAUAAAAUACAGAACUUUAAUAAUGUAGUACCUGAAGGCAUGAGCUUGAGCUUUCUCAUAGCUUUGGUUUCAAACAAUGGAGAUUACACAUGCGUUGUUACAUAUCCAGAAAACGGGCGUACCUUCCAUCUCACUAGGACUCUGACUGUGAAGGUGGUAGGCUCUCCAAAAGACGCAUUGCCUCCUCAGAUCUACUCACCCAAUGAUCUUGUAGUCUACGAGAAAGAACCAGGUGAGGAGCUACUCAUCCCUUGUACAGUCUAUUUUACUUUCCUGAAGGAUGCCCGCAAUGAGGUUUGGUGGACCAUUGAUGGAAAAAAGCCAGACGACACCAAUAUUGAUGUAACUGUCAAUGAAAGUAUAAGUUUGACUACAACAGAAGAUGAAACGAGAACUCAGGUUUUGAGCAUCAAAAAAGUUACUGCUGAGGAUCUCAAGCGCAACUAUGUCUGUCAUGCUAGAAAUGCCAAAGGGGAGGUUGACAAACCAGCCAAGGUGAAACAGAAAGCUCCAAGAUACACAGUGGAAUUAGCAUGUGGUUUUGGAGCCACAGUGCUGCUGGUAGUGAUCCUCAUUGUUGUUUACCACGUUUACUGGCUGGAGAUGGUCUUAUUUUACCGGGCUCAUUUUGGAACAGAUGAAACCAUUUUAGAUGGGAAAGAGUAUGAUAUUUAUGUAUCUUACGCAAGGAAUGCUGAGGAAGAAGAGUUUGUGUUACUGACCCUCCGUGGAGUUUUGGAGAAUGAAUUUGGAUACAAGCUGUGCAUCUUUGACCGUGACAGUCUGCCUGGGGGAAUUGUCACAGAUGAGACCUUGAGCUUCAUUCAGAAAAGCAGACGCCUCCUGGUUGUCCUAAGCCCCAACUACGUGCUCCAGGGAACCCAAGCCCUCCUGGAGCUCAAGGCUGGCCUAGAAAACAUGGCCUCUCGGGGCAACAUCAACGUCAUUUUAGUACAGUACAAAGCGGUGAAGGAGACGAAGGUGAAAGAGCUGAAGAGGGCUAAGACGGUGCUCACGGUCAUUAAAUGGAAAGGGGAGAAAUCCAAGUAUCCACAGGGCAGGUUCUGGAAGCAGCUGCAGGUGGCCAUGCCAGUGAAGAAAAGCUCCAGGUGGUCUAGAAGUGGCGAGCAGGGUCUCUCCUAUGCAUCCUUGAAAAAUGUAUGAAAGGGACAAUAACGAAAUGGGUAAAAAGAACCAAGGGCACUCCAGGAAGGAAGAGAGUCCCCUUUCUUUGUUCCCAACGUAUUGUUUCACAGACAGAAAACAAUUCUGUCCAAGCCUCCCCGGAGGGAUAAAUUCAGGGUGACUAUGACUGGUCGUGGUGCUUCCUCAGGCAAUACUAAGGUAUAGAAUGGUAGUGCCUCCAGUCCGUCCCCAGUGUCUGAUGGCACUAUGUUCUUUGCAGGCAAAGACUUAGUUGAUGCGAAUUUCCCCUCUCUGCCUCCUCCGUCCCUGUUCCACGUCUCCAUUCCCUUUCUCACUCAUGUUUUAUCACCUUAACGUUGUGGAGCAGCCUUUGGCUGUGGAUUUCAAGACCCCUUAAAGAUAACUCAGCUGUUAACAAGGUCAUUGUGAGUUUCCAAGUACUUUUCAUUUUUACUCAUCAGUUAAAAAGAGAAUGAAGGCCCACAUUUGUUUUAGCUGAGGACAAGGAGCUCUUCGGCUCAUUGUGUUGUCCAGCUUGCCCUCAAGGCCAGACAGGCACCCCUUUAGGACUAUACAGAGCAGCAGCAUAACUGAAAGUGUUCCUUAUGAUGGUUUUAAAGGGCUCGCCUGUGGUUUCUACUACAUCCCUUGUGUUCGCCUUCUCAGGUCAUUGAUGUCCUAUUUGUCAACUUGAAAAACAUACCAUACGUUUUUUUUUGUUUGUUUUUUUUAUUUCAGUAAACUCCUGGAUAUCUGUAGGUCGACCCAUAUUUGUCACUCCAUCUCCCCUGCCUAUGGUACCUCCUAUCAACCAUUUAGAGUUUGCAGGUGGCCCCACCCUUGGCUUAGUCUGACAGGAAGCUUCUCCUAAUGGUGCUAAUAGAGAGUGAAAUAACAGCAAAAUGCUUUUAGGGCAUUUGCUGGCUUGUGAGAAAAGCACAGAACAGGGUGUUCAGCAAUUUGUCUUUUAAUCUCAGCCUUGCUAAUGUGAAUAUUAAGAAAGUGAUUUCUCCUCACUCGCUUCUGUCUCCCAUUGUAAAAUGUGGAAGUUAGACUCAGUGACCUUGAGAGUUGCUUUUAACAUUAAUAUUCUAAGAGAAUUAACUGGACCACCCAGUAUUUUCGAUAUUUUAUUCACUAGUACAGUUAAUACAUUCAUGCUAAACAAGUCAGUGUCUUCCAUGAAACUUUUUUUUUUUUGUUUUAAAUAAAAUUGUACUGUUAUUAGGACUUGGAAAAGUGAAAACUAAGUCCAGAGUUUACAGAGUGGUGAAUACACACACACACAUACACACACACACACACAUAUAUGCACAAACACAUGAGUUAUAAAUGUAUGUAUAUCUACAUUGUGUAUAUAUAUAUAUACACAUGGAUUAUAUAUGUGUAUAUAUGUAUGUAUAUGUGUGUGUAUACAUAUGUAUAUAUAUGUGUAUAUAUGCACACACAUGUGUACACAAGCAUGUGACUUUAAAUAGCUAUUGACACAAUAUUACAAACCACUGGAACUCUUGUCCAGUUUUUAAAUUAUGUUUUUACUGUAGUGCUUUUGUGUCAUGGUUUUCUGUACAUCAUUUGUAAAUUCAUAGCUCACAGAGUAGUAGUUGUUGUUAGUUCUUGCCUUCCCUAAAUUAGUAUAAAUAACUUACUGCUGCUACAUUUGGUAUGGGUGCAGUGGAAUCUGUUAGGCACAGAGCUUCUAUGGUCACUGCUAGGCAGUGACCAGACUUCUGGAAUUAACUGAUCAUCUACUUUGUCAUAAGUACAUACACACACUUAGAGACUAGGCUGUGGUAAUCUCAGCAUUCAGCUAUUGGGGAGAUAAAUCUCUACUUGGCCUGUUGGGUAAUAGAGAAAAGGAAAAUAAAAUACCUAUAGAAAAGCAUGAGUAUCCUAUGAAACACCACAAUCCAUAAUUUAAGGGAACCCUUAUCCCAGUGUUAUGAAUGUUGAUAACCAAUUCUAAAACUAUAUCCUAUGUUUAAGUGCCCUUCUGCAGCACUAAAGUACAUAAUAAAUCAUUUCUCUAUAGUGAAGGUAUUAUUUUUAAUUGAAGAAAACAAAAACUUCAUGAAUUCUUGACUAUAAAACUAUGGUAUAGAGCCAUCCUUGGAUCUUUUUUGCCUAUUAAUGCUUUUCUUUAUUACAAACCACAAUUACUCCUCCUGUUAACCUUCACCCCCAAGACCAGGAGAGAGCUGACAGUAGACAAGCUUUGAGUGUCAAUUGCAUGAGAUUUAGGUAAUGGAGGACAGUCCCCUCACAGGUGGCCAUUCUCUUGCCAACGCUGCAUUCUUUCUGCACUUUCGGAUUCAAUAUUUAUCCCAAGUGCUUUUGGGUACCCCUAGAAACUUCUGGAUAUUCUUUUUCAUAUUUAUAUAGUGGUCUUUGAUAUUAAACUUUAUCAAAUGCAAAAAUCGAAAGCAUCUCAAAUCUAAAUGAUAUGUCUCAUUCUCAUAAAAUUGUGUUUUAUAGUUUUUGUUUUGUUUAUAUCCCUGAAGAUACCCCAUACAAAAUUUUUGGGGGAGAUGAGGAAAUACAAUUUUUGCUUCACUGUUUCAAAAAACCUUAAUGGUUUUAGAUAUAUGAUACAAAGAUCUUCUGCACCCAAGUUAA